UUUGGGACUGGGAGUACUUCUAGACCAACGGCCAACAGCACCGAACUCCCCGAAUUCCCCCAUUUUCCGCUCGCGAAAGGAAAGAAAAGUAUCCGCGAAAACGGAGCAGGCGUUGCGUGUGUGUGUGUGUCUGUGUACGAACGUGUGUCCUUCGAACAGGCCCAGCCGAAUUUAUCGUCCGUGUUGCGUUCGCCUUAAGCCACGCUCCGGGAAAGCCGACCGAGGUUGUUACAGUGCGAUGGAUUAUUCGGCCCCGUUGCUCGUCGAUCAUUCCGGUUGAUUGCUGAAACAGUGCUGAAUUGUGACGUCCCUGGCGCGUCCCUGUUGAUGGUUCGGUUGUGAGCACGCGAAUGCGUGUGUUUGUGUCGUGUGUGUUUUGUGUGCUUUGGCUGUGAGCCGGUGCGUAUGUGUGUCGGUGAGCGUGCGUGCGUGCGUGCUGGAGAGGAAUAGAAAUCUCCCUCAACCUCCCCAACUGUAACCCGACGAUUGUUGUCCUGCCCCGGAGUGUGAAUGUGUCAGUGCCACCACCACCACCACGCACGGCACGCGACUUGAGAAUCCACCCGAUGUCCCCGAGGGUCCCUGAAGCGCCCCGUCAAUGUGCCCGGUACUGCGGCCCCGUGAGGCGUGAGGGUGUGCAGCAAGCAAAAGAAAGCAAUAUCAAAUCAAAAGCUCCACCAGCGGCAAACGUCUGCGAUCUGAGAUAAGUGAACGGGUCCGGGAAAGCCCCCGAGCGCGGAAGAAAGAAAUAUAACCGAAGGAUAACCCUACGCAAGAUUGAAACAAGUGUCCUAGCGCAAACGACGCGCAACCCCCGGAAAACAAGUGCAAUACACCGAGAGCAAGUUGGAAAGGAAGCGAAGCAGUUACAAGUUACAAGCGAAAGCAAAAGCAAAAGCAAAAAAAAAAUAUCAUAAUUAAGGCACCCGUGUUGAAAUAGUUCGUUAAGCGUUCGUUAAAGCCCCGCGCCCGUUUGGCGUUUGUUUGUUAGUAAGUUUUGAGGCCACUCGAAAAAGGUGCGAAAACGGCAGCAAAAAUAGAGCUGCCCGUUGUGAAAGCGUCCGACGUCCCGCUGUUCUCGUGGACGCCGCAACAACAGCGCGGGCUACUGGCCACCGCGGAAGCAUCACCAGCAGCAGCAGCAGCAGCAACAACGGCAGCAAUCAUGAGCGAUCGGGAUCGAGCGUCACCGACGUUGAUCGAGACGGGAUUAAAGACGCUGAUAGGAGGGCGCGAUAACAACUAUCCGCUGAUAAGCGGGACGAAUGUCUUUCUAUUUUCAGGUAAAACAAGCAAUAACAAAGAUAUCUGCGGCGAGGACAAACACAAAGAGGAGGGCGACCCGUGGAGCGUCGAUGCACACUCAGCGUUCCUGGGGCCCAACCUGUGGGAUAAAACAUUGCCCUACGAUUCUGAUCUCAAAGUGCAUCAGUAUGCUGACCUGGACGAGUUUCUCUCGGAAAACGGCAUCCCGUACGAUGGACUGCCGAGCAGUCAUCUGGGCAACUCGACCAGCCUAGCCGGCCAGCGGUCGGACAGCCUCGGCCACUGUGCGGGCCUGUCGCUGUCCGGCCUGAGCCAGGUGACGACGAAGCGCGAACGGUCGCCCUCGCCAUCGGAUUGCAUGAGCCCGGAAACGAUGAACCCACCGUCGCCGGCCGAUUCAACGUUCUCGAUGUCCUCGACCCGUGACUUCGAUCCGCGAACACGCGCCUUCUCGGACGAGGAGCUCAAGCCCCAGCCGAUGAUCAAGAAGUCCCGCAAACAGUUCGUCCCGGACGAGAUGAAGGACGACAAGUACUGGGCGCGCCGUCGAAAGAACAACAUGGCGGCGAAGCGUUCCCGUGACGCGCGCCGCAUGAAAGAAAACCAAAUCGCGCUCCGUGCUGGUUACCUGGAAAAAGAGAACAUGAACCUACAUCGAGAGGUGGAACAGCUGAAGCAGGAAAACAUGGAACUUCGGGCCCGCCUUUCCAAGUACCAGGAGGUAUAAUCGAAGCCUGCUCGGAUGAAACCCACGCAACAACUACUUCUACGACCGUCAUUUCCGCUACCACUUCUUCUUCUUCGUCUAUCCGCCGUGCUGCGGUCGUGUGCA